AUGGGCAUCACAGCUUUCUUCUCCUUCACUCAAGGAAUGGCUACUUUCACUCAAGUGUUAUUGGCUUUACCUAUGGCAUUAGACUUAUUAGGCCCACCAUCAUUCCUUCUUCUUUCACUCCUAUUCUCACUACAUCAUUUUCUCUACUCAACACUAAGAUUAUGUUUCAAGAAUACACCAUUAGCACCUAUAAUAUCGAUCCUAUCGUUCCUCUCCCCAUUCAUAUCAGCUUCAUUAAUAUUGUUGACUUUAUAUUGGUAUUUAACACCUCCGACAGCAACGUCAAAUUCGAUUUUCCCACCUUUCGCACAUUACCUAGUGAACGUAUUACCUUUUGCCUAUGCUCAAAUACUUCGAUGGGUCAGUCCUUUAUUCACGUUGUUGGAAGGGAUAAGUACUUUACUUGUUGUACAAGUUGUGGGUAGAGUCGGAAAAGGAUGGGCGGAUGAAGAAGAGAAAGAUGAUGGUGGUAUUGAAUGGAGAAGUUUAGUUGGAUUGGUCGUAGCUGCAUUGGUAUAUUGUGCUGGUUUAGCUGGAGUCAUCGUGGCAUUCCCUCUAUCACCUGAAUCAUCUUUCCCGGCUUUCUUACUUGGUUGCGCUUUAACAGCUGUGGUGUUCCUUUCGCUUAUUGGAUUUACUUUGAGACGAACCAAUGUACUAGAAACGAGUUUGGUGUUUGUUUAUGUUGUGUACUCAGCUUGGUUAUCCGGUGUCGAAGCAGCCAUGGAACCAAGGACUUAUGGUACUGGUUGGCUUCCAUCAUCAACAUCACCACUUCGACAGCAUUCAAUUCUACCUAAAUCAAAUUAUCAAUCGAUAGAUUCGAUAACAUCAUUAUUUUCAUUCGCUCUACAUUCCAUUUUUCCUUCAUUCAUAUCCGUAUCCAAAAACCUUCCACCGCAUUUAUUGUUAUCCCUGAUAUAUAGAGUAGCGGUAUUACAUAUGGCCGCUAGGAUAGUUCCAGUCAUAAGGAAAGCAAGUUUAGGUUGGGAUGAUGGAAUGUCAAAUGAUGGUUCAAACGAUAUAACAUCAUCUCAACAGAUUCAAGGUGAAGGUUUUUGGGAUGGUAGAAGUUUAGGUCAAGAACCUCCUAACAUGAGAAUUACGACUGUAGUCUUAAGUUAUAGAAGAGCUAUCUUGAUAACUGUGUAUACACACUUACUUUUGCUCGACGGUGGAUCACAAACAUGGUGGAGAUGGAUAAAUAUUGCACUUUUCCUUUCUGUGUGGAGCUUAGAACUCUUACUGGAUGCAGAAGGCGAAGAGACGGAGAGCGUUACGAGAUGGAAAGUAGAUUAA